UUUAUGCUUCAUUGUGAAAACUGAAAGUUGGAGGAAAGAUGAAGUUGAGAAACGUUCACUGUAUUUUGUUGACAUCCGUCAGUUUUUUCUCACUUUUUACCUGCUUGCAUGGUGAAGAAUGUAGGACAAGGAUGUAUCCUCCUAAAGGACCAACAUUUAAAAGUAAUGUUACCUGGUACACACUGAACCUGGACUUACCCCCUAACCAGAGAUGGACUCAUGUGAUAAAGGAGAAAAAAGCUGAAUUGACGGCAAUGAUACAGGCAAUAAAAGAUUUAUCCAGUGGCUUUUUCCAUGGAAAAUUAAUUCACUUGGUAGAUAAGGAGUUGCCUUUGAUCGUGGACAUGCUCCCAUAUCCUUUUAAUGAGGAAAUUAAGGGAAUCGCUUCUGCCUCUGAUGUCCCUUUAGGGGAAGUCAUGCUUUUUAAUAUCUUCUAUGAAGUUUUCACAGUGUGCACAUCAGUGGUGGCUGAGGACUUAAACGGAAAUGUAUACCAUGCUCGAAAUUUGGACUUUGGAUUGUUCAUGGGUUGGGACCAAAAAACCCAGACUUGGACUCUUACUGAGAAGCUCAAGCCACUUGUGGUGAAUGUUGACUUGAAGCGAAACAACAGGACGGUUUUCCGGUCAACCAGUUUUGCAGGAUAUGUAGGAAUGCUCACUGGCAUUAGACCUAAAGAAUUCACUCUAACGAUGAAUGAACGUUUCGAUGUUGAUGGAGGAUACAUAGGGAUCCUGGAAUGGAUACUUGGCAAGAGAGAUGGAAUGUGGAUGAGCUUCCUCACACGCAAGGUCCUUGAAAAUGCAACCAGUUACGAGGACGCCAAAAACCAGCUUGCUCUGACCAAGUUACUUGCACCAGCGUAUUUUAUCCUGGGUGGAAACCAGACAGGCCAGGGUUGUGUGAUAACCAGAACCAGAAUCAUCACACUGGAUGUCUGGGAGAUUAAUAUGAAACUUGGGAGAUGGUACGUGCUUGAAACAAACUACGACCACUGGGAAAAGCCUUUCUUUUUGGAUGAUCGCCGGACACCAGCUAUGAAAUGCAUGAAUGAAACCACACAAGCAAAAAUUACUUUGCUGACUUUAUAUGAUGUACUUUCAACAAAACCAGUUCUAAAUAAGCUAACCACCUAUACUGCACUAAUGGAAGUAUCGACUGGGAGACUCGAAUCUUACAUCAGAGAAUGUCCAAGUCCAUGUACCCCCUGGUAACUGACUCAGGACUGAACAUACUGAUGAAGCUGAUAUAGUGUGUCUAUGUAAGCUGUUUUUUUAAACCUCUCAACUGCUGAAAUAUUACAUUAAUAUGUAAUUUUUAUGGCUGUCCACAUGACGUGGAUGGCCAUAGUUUACUAGCUCGGAGAUAACCUCUUUAAUGUUCUAACAAAAGUGUAAAUAUUAUAUGUUGUUCCCAAACGGUAGGGGAAAAACACCUCUGACUGUAGUAUCGUUAGUAAUUUAUAAUUUCUGUAAUGUUUGAUUAACAUUUUUUUUGUGUGUGUGUUUGUUUCCAAAUAAAAGUUUUUUAUUUUUGUU